GUGGUGGCGGCGGCGGCGGUGGCGGUGGCGGCGGAAGCUUACGCGGCGCCGCGCGAGAGAGACGCUCCUCAGUUGUGUCAAGCUAGGCGAUCGAGUAGGACGCACUUUAAUCGUUCCGCCUCCGAGUUACUCUCUCUCUUUCACGAACACACACACACACAACACACACACCCCACACACACAAUUCUCUCUUCCUCUUUUUCCCUUCCUUUUUCUCUUCCUCCGCCUCUGCCACGUCUGUCUCCUUCCACGCUAGACUCCUUCACCGCCGACUCCGACACACAUCCGCCACGGAACGCACGUCCAAACACAAGCGCGAGACCCGCGGCAUAAGCGCUCGUACGACAAACGCACACACAGACAGACACACACGCGCCACCGUCACCCACAAUCAGCCACCUUGCCCGCUACCUUCCUUCUCUUCGCCGCGGACAACUCUUUCUCCGACUCUCUUCCGCUUUCGUUUAUCUUCUUGCGCCUCAAUUCGCGGAGUACGCGCGCGUACGAGUACCAUACGAGUUGACGUACGUCACCCUCGUCCACCACGUCAUCGUCAUCGUCGUCGUCGUCGUCGUCGCUGUCGCCCGCUCUCGCCCGCCUGCCUUCUUUGCCUGUCUGAGAAACGCAACGCGAAGAAGAGAGAAGGCAAAGGAAAGCAACGCCAGAGCAAGUCCACGUGAUCAGCGCCGCGAAGGGACUCCCCCAGCACGCUUAUAACGCUCUAUACCUCGCUCGCUCUCUCCCGCUCUCUCUUUCCGUACGCCGAGUACGCAUGCAUAAAGCAGCCCUCUGACUGCGCGCCCCAUUGUCUCCCCUCUUUGAAUCCGUGUGUGUGUGUGUCUGUGUGUGCCGAGCGCGAGCCACCGGUGUCGUGGAGCGACAGCUUGCCGCUGGACUGAACGAGAGCGAUUCAAGGUCGUCAUCGUUGUCGUCGUCCUCGUCUCCGUUGUCGUCGUCGUCGUCGUUGUUAACACACGUUUUUCGUGGCACACACACGUCGACCGGAGAUAAACUGGGCAAGGAACUGUUGGCGGGGCUCCCUUAGCUUCCCUCUGAUCAUCGUCCGAUUGUCGCUGGAAAGAAUAUGCCAAGCUGAAUGAAAGAUCGCUGCGGAAAGUCACGAGAGACCGAGCAUUCGGCAAGAGCAGCUCCCCCGAGUAGCCGAGCAGUUGACACGAGUAGACGCAUACAUAUCUCUGCAAAAAGACGCGAGACCGACCACGCGGCGGCUCUCCUAUUUCAGCACAUUAUUCGCCGAUCGUCUCGAACACGAGCGAUCGAGAAAGUGAAAGAAAGAAGGAAACAGCGAAAAAAGACACGUCCCGUUUCCUCUCGUCCUCGCGAGAUUAAGAAUAUCGUUAAUUAGAUCGUUAAAAGAUAGUCGUUCGGGCGUUAAAUCGUCGAGGGGUAAAUCCCGCGAGAAAAAUUGAGUAAUAAUAAAAUAGAACGGAGAAGUCGCGGUUGUUAGGUGUGUAAAACGUACGUGUGUAUAUAAAGAAGACGAGAGUCUCGUCGCUAAGUUUUUAGGCUAAAGAUAGGAAUAAAAAAAUAUAUAGAGAAAAAAAAUUUAAGAAACAUCGCGCGACAUCUGCGUCGUCAGGUGACCGUCGAGGAACAAAGAGAAUCGCGUCAAGACAAUCAAUUGUAAUUGUAGUGGGUUGGGACAUAUCGAGGGAAAGAGAGGGGAAGCAUUUGCGACUUCUUUUCCGGUUCAGGGCAGUAAUGUACGUGUCUGUUGCGAGAUAAGAGGUCGAACGAUCGACUUUCGUGUCUUUAUGUGAUCUUCAGCCUCUGUACCGAUUCGACUACGUGUGAUUCUACACGCUCUACGUUAAUAUCUAUAUUAUAUAUAUAUACACAAUCGAUAUAUGUAUAUAUAUAUUUACACUUAUACACAUACAUACGUUUAUACGUAUAAAACAUAUCCGAUCGGCACGCCGCGAGUUACUGACACGUGAUUCGAAUACGGCAGGAAAAAUAGCGAGAAUAAACGGACGGUAAAGUGAUAGGAGAUUAAGGCGUAUUAGAGGCUAAAAAAAAAGAAGGAUCUCUUUCCCUGGUCCGGCAAUAGGACUACCCUCUGUCAAUCUUCGUGACAAUCAUUUUCAGCUAGCUUUCUUAGUGUGUAACUCGAGGUGUAUCACCUUUUUUUUCGAUAGAAUAACGUUCGUUCGUCGAAUUAGUAGGAAGGAUUAACGAGAAGAAGAGCAGGGAACGUAGAGAAGAGGAAAGGAAAGAUUAAAAAAAAAAUAUAUAUAUAUAUUUCACGUACCUACGUCGUUUCAAUUACACGUACGAGCAAGAGAAUCGUGCGAAGCGAGAGACGAGGUCGCCUCCGUCUCUCUCGCGCCUCUUCCGCACACUAAGUACAUAUUUAAUCCGCACGCAUAAAUUUCCCCUCUCUUUCUUGUCUAUCACCCGUCAUCAUCCGCCCCUUCGCGGAUCUCCCUCUUUGUGGUUGUAUCUGUCGCCUCCCCUCCCCCUUCGCUCGCUCACACAUACACACUGACAAUCAUUCGGAAGCUCACUCCCGACGACGCGUUCGCGUUCGCCGUUCCUCCUAGGGUAAAUAUCCUCGCACGUAUCAUUUAGGGAUCUCCAUCCGGCUGUCUCGAUUGCAUAUGUAGAUAAACGCUUAGAUCACGUCGUUGUUGUAUCGAUGUAACGUUAAGAGUAGCGCGUGUGUACGCUCUGCGUGCGUGUGUAUGUGUACGUGUAUAGCUCUCGUAAUAAAGUAGAAUUCGUACGAAUACCAAAGAUCUUGACGAGUCAAAGAGAUUAACUCGCACCGCGCAUUUCUCCCGUCCGAACGACUAUCCGCAUCUCGCGUGAUUCGAUCGUCAGCUGAGCGUGCGCGCGCCCCCCUCUUUCUCUCUCUUUCUCAACAUCGUCGUCGUUCUAUCGAGAUCAGCGUAUAGAACUCGCUGUAACGAGCAAUCGAACGGGGGGGCAUUAAUCGGCCCGCUGAGCGAAAGGAAAGAAAAACAAAACGGCCAGUCGAGCGUCCUGUCCCAAGGGGAGGACGACGAGGAAGCAAAAAUAAGAGAGACACGAGGAAAACGAGCGUCCCUGAACGGGGACCGGCGGGAGGGAGAGGACAAGGGAGGGUACUCGUUCAAGCUGUGGUGGCCCUCGUACGAGUGGAGCCGCUCGUGCAAAACGGAAACCGCUCGCUGCCAGGCCGCCGCGUCGCUGGAACGUGCCUGCUGGAACGCACAGGAACGCGCACGGACCCUCUGGGGCCUGCAGCAGUCGUUCGCGGCCGCUGCGAGUCGGAAUCUCUUCCUGCAUCCAUCGAGCAAAUCCUGGCUCGCGGAGACGAUCAUCGGCGCUGACGAGACACGUUCCCCUAUCACCACGUAUUUUCAUUCGUACCCGUUCGUCCCGGGUGGUGCGGUGCCCCUGCCCCCGCCCCUGCUAAACGGCAUUAACAACCCGGCGGCAGCAGCGAUCACCCCGGGGCUGGUAGGACAUCUCUUCGGUGCUCAGCAGGCCUGCAAUCUCGCCUGCACUUGCUCUUGCAACAUCGUUGCUAACUGCAACCCCCAUCAUCAACACCACCAUCAGCAACAGCAUCAACAGCAGCAGCAGCAGCAACAGCAGCAGCAGCAUCACAGGACACUCGGUACUACGGCGGUCCUGCUGCAACCAGUUGAUCAUAUCAAAGACACUAUGGUGAGUCCACCUUUCUUCGCUCAAUCGUUGCCACGAGGAAUUCUGCCGAAGGUAAGAAUUCCAGACCUUUCGAAUUUUCGUCCGUUCCCCACAGCACCAUUUCCGGUGGUGAGUGUCCAGGAAUUCCAGUACGCACGCGGGACGGGCGCGUCCCUGACGAUGAGGGGUAGUGACGAGCUUCUAUCGCAAAGCGGGGCAGUCAGCAAUGGUGCUUCAAUGAGUCCGCAACCUCAUCACGCGGCCGAUAACAACAAUGAUGCCAAGAAGGUUAAGCUCGACAAGAGUCACAGCGGCAAACCUUCUAGAGUCAUUCAUAUCAGGAACAUACCUAACGAGGUGACAGAGGCAGAGAUCAUUCAUCUGGGUCUGCCGUUCGGCCGUGUCACCAAUGUACUUGUUCUCAAGGGCAAGAAUCAGGCGUUUCUUGAAAUGGCAGACGAGAAUGCUGCGGCGACCAUGGUGACCUACUACGCUUCCGGCGUGGCCCAACUCAGAGGCAGAGCGGUCUACGUGCAGUUCAGUAAUCACCGUGAACUCAAGACGGAUCAAACGCACUCCAACAACGCGGUCAGUAGCCCAACAAAUGAUGUCGCCAACACCUCUGAGAACUCGAACAACCAGGUCGCGAUCGCCGGGCAAAAUCAGGUAUCCGGUGCCGGCGAGACCCAGGGCGGACCUAACACCGUGCUGCGAGUAAUCGUGGAGCACCUCCUCUACCCGAUCACCCUCGACAUACUCUAUCAGAUUUUCACGCGCUUCGGCAAGGUCCUGAAGAUCGUUACCUUCACAAAAAAUAGCUCCUUCCAGGCACUAAUACAGUACGCGGACAUGCUGUCGGCGCAGACCGCUAAAUUCUCGCUCGACGGGCAGAACGUCUACAACUCCUGCUGCACCCUGCGCAUCGACUACAGCAAGAUGCAAAACCUGAACGUUAAGUACAAUAACGACAAGUCUCGGGAUUACACCAAUCCGAAUCUUCCGACUGGCGAUGCCAAUCUGGAUGCGGCGUCGCUCGCCCUCGGCGGCGAAUUGCUGCUGAUGGGUGCCGGCUCUCAACCGCGUGCCAGAAUACCCGUAGAGUCCAUUGCAGGGGCACCGGGUGUGCUGCCCACGCCCUUUGCCAUGCACGGCCUCGCCUCGCCCUUGGCCGGUCCCUACAACGGCGUACCUCCGGCCGGCGGACUCGCUGGCCUCGGCGGAUUUCCUCUCGGCGCGGCUGGUCUAGGAGUCCGGGUACAGGGAAGCGCGCAAGCAUCUGCCGUGCUGCUCGUCAGCAAUCUCAACGAGGAGAUGGUCACGCCUGACGCUCUCUUUACCCUGUUUGGCGUUUACGGGGAUGUACAGCGUGUGAAGAUCCUCUACAACAAGAAAGACUCGGCACUAAUACAGAUGGCCGAACCUCAUCAGGCGCUUUUAGCGUUAACUCACAUGGACAAGUUAAGAGUGUUCGGAAAGCAAAUCAAAGUAAUGCUCAGCAAGCACCAAACGGUCCAAUUGCCGAAGGAAGGUCAGCCAGACGCGGGCCUCACGAAAGAUUACACCAACAGCACCCUUCAUCGAUUCAAGAAACCCGGCUCGAAGAAUUAUCAGAACAUCUAUCCGCCGAGCGCGACUCUGCAUUUAUCAAACAUUCCGGCUACGGUAACGGAGGAAGAGAUUAAGGAUGCUUUCACCAAGAACGGCUUCACCGUGAAAGCCUUCAAGUUCUUCCCGAAGGACAGGAAGAUGGCUCUCAUACAGAUGCCUAACAUGGAUGAUGCCGUGGCUGCGCUGAUCAAAAUGCAUAACUACCAGCUUAGCGAAUCCAACCACCUCAGAGUGUCGUUCUCCAAGAGCAACAUCUAACAAGAAUCGCCACCGCACGAGCAGCAGUGGUACCAGCCGUACGCCCUAGUCCCUCUUUGGUCACCCGCUUCGGUCUACGACUGAUGGUCCCGCAAUUGGAUCCGCUCAGGUGCUCGUCCGUUCCUGCGACAGUCGUUAUGCUGUUGUUGGCCGACUACACUACACGUGUGACCUAUGCAGGACUGCGUCGCGCAUUCGGGCUUUGAUGAAGCAGCACAACCGGACGGGAAUUACCUCGUCCGAGCGAGCUUAGGAUGCUUUCGAGGCCUUGCCCUUGUUGGGAUGUCUUUACGGCACGCACCUAUAUCCGCAUCUGGUUGAUUUUGACUAUUCGAGGGUUGCUAGGGUGUUUCGAGACGUACCAGGGCUGCAAGCGCUCAAGUUAGACUAUGAAGAGGCAAAUUCGCGUCGGCCUUCUUGAUGAUAGUUUCCGGUGCUGGCUUUCGAGUGUAUUAAUGAUACAAAUUCAAAUUUUUAAAAUAUGUAAGAAAUUUAAAAACAGACGAGACUCGUGGGGGGAAAAAAAGGGAGAGAGAGAAAUAGCGCAACAAAAUUUAUCAUUCUUGUGAAAGCCAGGACCGUCGCGGUAAGAGAGAAAUACAAAGAGAGAAAGUGAGAAAGAUGGAGAGAUAAGUAAUGAGCGAGAGAUAAGAAGCAAUGAGUUGAAGAGCCUAGCAGCCGGGCAUGCAUAGAGAAAGCACGCUUAAGGGGACAAAGUGGAUAGAUUAGGAUUAGACGGGAGCGAGGAAGAAGCAGUAUAGUGUCCUGCGAACAGUCCUCGGCUCUUGUACAGAGUUAACGCUAGGGAAGAUAAGAUAUAUUAUUAUACAUGUAAAAUUCAUGAUCGGCGCGGCCCGAACCGCUGAUUACGAUUAAGGAUUUUUCAAAGUUACGUGGACACAAGGGCGACCAUUUCGCGAUAAGCGUGACGGUGUCCGUAUAUCGCAGUUCGGUAGGUAGGUCUCCGUUGUCGACGUGUUCGUUCGACGAGCGGACUCGAAGAGAACAAGAGCUAAGUUGAGAUAAGUGGGAGACCGCGCGUAUCGUUGUACGUUUAUGCGCGACACGGCGGCCGACCACAACCGUGAAUCAGCAGCGUUUCCCACGAGACAAUCUUCAUUCUUCUGAUGACCAAACACACACACACACGCGCGACCGAGCGUACUUCUUCGUGGCUUCCGUUCCGUUCCGAAACAAUAUGAUCGACGAGGCCGGCCGAUCGAGUACGACGGGAACGGUGUGUUUUAAUUGACCGGGUAUCUAAAGUAAGAAAACGGCCAAUGUCACGGGACCUUUUGCAUGCUUUCACGAGGUACUAUUAUUUCGCCGACGAACCGAUCGCCCUCGUUGACAUUACGUCGCGGGAUUGGCAACGGCCGAAAUCGGAGAGGAGAGCUGGUGAAAACGGUGGUGGAGCGCUAAGAUCGGCCUUCAAAAUUCUUCCCGUAUCCGUAUUACUUGUCGCGACUGGUUGAUCCGUUCGUAAGGCGGAAGCGAAGCAAUUAUCAAAGUCGUUGCGUGCUGAGAGUUAUUCUGAUUGAGGUAAGCCAUUCCGAACGUAUCCGGCGUCGCUCGACCUACGUUUAUGCUUCUUCGCGGGGCGGGUCUCUGACUCCCGAAGGUAUCUGCAGUAUUCUCGACUAUCCGGCGAGGUCGAACGCUUCUUAGGUGAAGGUCGAGCGGUGCCUGAACGCUCCGAUGGCCGAGGCGAGUCCUCCUACUCCGAGGCCCACGCCGCGCGUUUACGCGCGUCAUCAUACGGUCGUCGCAGAUGGCAUUUUUAUAAUUUGUACGUUUCAGUUUGAAAAUAAGUAUUAUAUCGCACCCGCACACAUACGUAUCCGCGUCAUUACGAGACCGUAAUUAUGCAGUUAUACGUACACAGACACGAGAGACAAUGAACACACACAUACAAUCACGCACGCGCCGCGCGCGAGAAUAAAUGUUUCGACCGCCCUCUGAUUUAUAUACACACAUAACACACAGACAAGUACACACAGACGCAUAGAUACAACUGAAUGCGCGCAGAUUUCUUAGUUAGAAUAGAUGCUUAGGCAUGUGUUAGGAUCUUAAUCGUAUAGUAAGCGACUAGAUAAGUAAUUGACUAGGAGAGGAAGGAGUGAAACGUUGAACAUAUCGCUAAUUAAAAAGUUUGCAACGUGCGGGGCGCGCGCGGAAAGUUUGUACCGGUCGUGACGGAUCGGCGGGUGAUAUCUCCGAACAUCUCAAGGAUGGUUUGAUUUGAUGGACAAUAUCCAUCUGAACAGAGGAGAGGUAUAUCCUAUCUCUCUGUGCCAACGAUAGGUCUAUCCUGACGAGCCUCGAUCUAGAGUUCCUGAUAUUAAAGCAUUCCUUCAGUAGUUGGCGGUUGUGAGGGUGCCUCGUAAAUACAAGCGGAUAUCUCAAGAAAGAAUCAGGAGAUCAAUCGUUGUCUGAUUAAAUAAACCCAUUUGCAACGUUUGGUUCUUGUUGGACAGGACGUUGUAGAUGUAUGGAGACAAAAGCGAAGUGUAACAAGUUGGAAUCGUAUUUACGGGGAUUUAGUAGAAGCGUGAUGCAAGAUGUAGAUAUUGAUCGGGGCAGUUUUCGAGGUGUCCGGAGUGUCCUCGCCGAAAAGUACGAGACGGAGUUUCGACGGGCGCCGCGAAUUUAGGAUAAUCGAUCUCGUUUCCGUCAAGAAUGAGUAUCUUGAAGUCCAAGAGCGACGAAACGUGCCGCGCGCGCGCCGACGAAGCCCACGGGUUUCUGUCUAAUCGACGUUCUGUUGGAGUCAAUUAAAUUUUACUGAUAUAACAUAACUGAUUGUAGAGAGAAAUAGGAGGAGGAAUAGUAUAUGUUGGAAGGAGACUGUUUUGCGACGGCGUAAUUGGGAUCGAGCGAGAGGGAGAGAGAGAAAGGGAAAGAGUAAUUGCGCGAGUGUAAGAGAAAGAGAGAGAAGACGGAGCAAAAGGGUUGUAUUCGUGGGAGUGUAAUGUCGCGCGAUUUUGGCGGAUAAACUUUGGUGUAAAAGGGUAGGAAGAGAAGUUUUUCCAAGCCGUGAAUCGCGCAGAGCGACCGUACAAGGCAGAGGAAGCGACGAAACUGUGAAAAAAAAAAAAAAAACAAAGCGAAUGCCGGCUCGGGCAUGGU